AUGUCGCAGGAAAGAGAGAAAGGCUCUCCUGCCGACACUAACCAACAACCCCUCUCCCAGCCGGCUCAUAGUCUCUCAUUCGAAGAUGUCAUCACCGAACUUGGCACCAACUCCGAUGACGGGCUGACCUCCGCGGAUGUCAAACAGCGGUUGGAGAAAUAUGGCGAGAACAUGCUCGAAGGAGAUGAGGGUGUUUCCCUUGCCAAGAUUGUCAUCCGGCAGAUCGCCAAUGCCAUGAUGCUGGUCCUGAUUAUUGCCAUGGCGGUUAGUUUCGGCAUCCAGUCAUGGAUCGAAGGUGGUUUCAUUGCUGCCGUCAUCGGAUUGAACAUCGUGGUGGGAGUAUACCAGGACUAUGCUGCGGAGAAAACUAUGGAUUCAUUGCGAUCACUCAGCUCUCCAACGGGUGUAGUCUCUCGUGAUGGCAAGACUGCGACCGUUGCAGCAAACGAAAUUGUUCCUGGUGACAUGGUGGAAUUAAAAGUCGGAGACACUGUUCCCGCCGAUGUCCGGUUGGUUGAAGCAUUCAACUUCGAAACCGACGAAGCACUCUUAACUGGCGAGUCUCUGCCAGUACAGAAAGAAGCCGAAAGCAUCUUCGAUAUCGAAACAGGCCCAGGAGACAGACUGAACAUUGCUUACAGUUCCUCAACCGUAACCCGAGGACGAGCCCGCGGUGUCGUUGUGGGAACUGGAAUGCGCACGGAAAUUGGAGCCAUUGCGCAGGCCCUACGCGGAACAGACUCUAGACGUCGACCCGUCAAGCGUGGACCUGAAGGCGAGACAAAGAAGAGAUGGUACGUCCAGGCCUGGACUUUGACGACCACGGAUGCCAUCGGUCGGUUCUUGGGCACAAAUGUCGGCACACCGCUGCAGCGCAAGCUCUCCAAACUGGCCCUCCUUCUUUUUGCUAUUGCUGUGAUUUUCGCUAUUGUCGUUGCAGGUUCAAACAACUGGCGCGGGGAUAGCGAAGUCAUCAUUUAUGCGGUCGCCACCGGUCUGGCUAUGAUUCCAGCCUGUUUGGUAGUUGUCCUGACCAUCACUAUGGCCGUUGGCACGAAGCAAAUGGUGAAGCGAAAUGUCAUUGUGCGAAAACUCGACUCUCUGGAGGCUCUCGGUGCCGUCACCAACAUCUGUUCCGAUAAGACUGGUACUCUCACACAAGGCCGCAUGGUCGCCAAACGAGCUUGGAUUCCGUCUCUGGGUACAUACUCUGUCGGUGCCUCCAAUGAGCCUCUGAACCCCCGCGAUGGCGAUCUGAGCCUUGUUCCCGAACCCCCAAUCCAGGUUGGACAAGACAAUCUUGGCCAGGUUGCAUCACCGGACGAUCUUCUGAAAGAUAACGAUACUCUGAUGGACUACCUUGAUGUUGCCUCCAUGGCCAACCUGGCCCAUAUCCACGAGACAGCCAAUGACGGAUGGCAAGCUCGAGGUGAGCCAACUGACAUCGCUAUUCAAGUCUUCGCCUCUCGAUUCAACUGGGGUUUGGACCGUUGGACCAAAGGCGAGAAGCCAACAUGGGCUCAGAAGGCGGAGUACCCCUUCGAUUCCAGUGUUAAGAAGAUGUCCGUUAUCUUCGCCAAACGUCAAGAGCACUCAGAGAAAAAGCGUGAGAUGAUCUUCACCAAAGGCGCCGUCGAGCGCGUUCUGGAAGCUUGCACCACCAUCAAAUGGAAGCCUAACUCUGAGCCUGUCCCUAUUGAUGACGACAUCAAGGACGAGAUUUUGAACAACAUGGAGGCUCUGGCCAAAGAGGGACUGCGAGUCCUCGCCUUGGCCGGUCGGGAAAACACUUCACCGGCACCAGAGGGUGGCGAUCCUCUCCCCCGAGAGGAGGUUGAGAAAAAUCUGUCAUUCUACGGACUCAUUGGUCUUUACGACCCGCCUCGCCCCGAGACAGCUGGCGCUAUUGCUCAAUGUUACAAAGCCGGUAUUUCGGUGCACAUGGUAACUGGUGACCACCCGGGUACUGCGCGAGCUAUCGCUGCGCAAGUUGGAAUCAUCCCUGCGAAUAUGGAUAUGAUUGCCAAGGAUGUCGCUGAUGCCAUGGUCAUGACAGCCUCCGAGUUUGACAGGCUGACCGAAGAUGAAAUCGACAACCUGCCCACGCUCCCAUUGGUCAUUGCUCGCUGUGCUCCCAACACCAAGGUCCGUAUGAUUGAUGCUCUCCAUCGCCGUGGUCGGUUUGUUGCUAUGACUGGUGAUGGUGUCAACGACUCACCGUCGCUUAAGCGUGCCGAUGUCGGUAUUGCCAUGGGCCAGAAUGGCUCUGAUGUGGCUAAAGACGCCUCCGAGUUGGUUCUUUCUGAUGACAACUUUGCCUCUAUCAUCAACGGCAUUGAAGAAGGCCGUCGUAUCUUCGACAACAUCCAGAAGUUUGUUUUGCAUCUUCUGGCUGAAAACGUUGCUUUGGCUUUGACUUUGCUCAUUGGUCUUGCAUUCAAGGAUGAUAGCAACCAGUCUGUCUUCCCCAUUGCCCCCGUUGAAAUCAUCUGGAUUAUCAUGAUUACCUCCGGCCUUCCCGACAUGGGACUCGGAAUGGAGAUUGCCGCCCCGGAAGUGAUGGACCGCCCACCCCAAAGUAAGCAAGGUAUCUUCACCUGGGAGAUCAUCAUCGACACUCUUGUCUACGGUGUCUGGAUGGCCGCUCUGUGUCUGUCAGCCUUUGCUCUCGUGAUGUUCCGAUGGGGUGAUGGAAAUCUUGCCACCGGCUGUAACACUCAGUACAACGACCCGACAAAGCCCUAUACUUGCGACACUGUUUUCCGCGCCCGUGCGACAACCUUCACCUGCAUGACUUGGUUUGCCCUCUUCCUCGCCUGGGAAAUGAUGAAUCUCCGCCGCAGCUUUUUCCAAAUGCAACCCGACUCCAAGCGCUACUUCACGCAAUGGAUGCAUGACAUCUGGCGCAACAAGUUCCUCUUCUUCGGAAUCAUGACUGGUUUCGUCCUCGCUUUCCCCAUCCUGUACAUCCCAGUCAUCAACCACAAGGUCUUCAAGCACAGCAGUAUCUCCUGGGAGUGGGGUAUUGUCUUUGUCGAGACAGUGCUGUUCUUCCUUGGUAUUGAGAGCUGGAAGUGGUGCAAGCGGGUCUACUUCCGUCGUCAGGCGCGCAAGGCUGCAGAGAAGGGCGACCAGCCUGGCGGUGAGCGCCGCGGGCUUAGAGACUUCAGCCGGUACAACACCAUGGAUCGGUCGGACACCCAGGCCAGUGACAUGAAGGUUGAACAAUCUAUGGUGUAA